GUUCAUUUUCAAAAAUUCGAGAGAAACAAGAAGAUUAAGCAAAUUAUUAACGCGUGUAAAAAGAACGUAGAAUAUGAAAAGAGAAUAUAUGAAGUGAUAUUGUACACGGCGAAAGCUUCCAUUGACGUACGUGCUCUCCAUUCUUACAUGAAAACGAAAGACAUGCAGACAUUAUGAUUCCAAAUUGAGAGAAUUCACGUUUAUGCCACGUGUACUGAAUGGGACCGGGGCGAUGGUAACAGUGCGACAGUGAAAGAAGAACUUUCUUCGUAACCAUAAAGACCGGCUGGCUCUCGGUCGAUCAGUUCGACUUCUUUGUGGAACUACGGUGAAAGCGUACACGAGCAACGGUGAUCUUCAGUGAAGCCAGAAUCCGCAGCUUCUCUGUAAAAUUCGACGACGCUGGAGAACAAAAUUGUGGCCGAAUGUUCAUACGAGCUCAAUAUAAUGCAUGUCGUCGAGUGGAAUCGUGGAAUCCAGCAAAACACGUGGUGUACGGUGCUGUAUCAAUGAAAGGAAAAAUACAUCUGUGAUUCAGAACAUUUGUGCAUUUCGUGAACGAGAUAAAUGGGAAAAUGCUUUUAUACGUGUCCUGUAACAAGUUCUCGAUCUUAAUCCUGAUUAUGACAUUUUUUAAUUUAAUAUCAAUUAAAGGCUAUGGGCUUCAUCAAGAGAUUUUGAUGGCUCCAGCUUCUACUACAGAAAAUUCUUUGAAUAAUUCGCGAACUCGUACCGGAAAGUUUUUGUUCGAUGAAAUAUUCGGUAUCGGCAUUAUCGAUACUAGUGAUUCGGACGAAGAAAAACAAAGAAACUGCACGUGCGAAUGCGGUUUAUCUAAUCAAGAGAAUCGAAUAGUGGGUGGACGUCCUACAACACCGUAUAAGUAUCCUUGGAUUGCGAGGCUAGUGUAUGAUGGUCGUUUUCACUGUGGUGCUAGUUUACUUAACAAUGAUUAUGUAAUUACUGCUGCUCACUGUGUACGGAAUUUGAAACGAUCGAAAAUUCGAGUGGUACUCGGUGAUCACGAUCAACAAGUAACUACUGAUGGAAUUGCUAUUAUGAGAGCAGUGAGUCUUGUUAUACGUCAUAGGAAUUUCGAUAUGAAUUCUUACAAUCAUGACGUAGCCUUAUUAAAAUUACGCAAGUCCGUGAAAUUUUCAAGGAAGGUUCGACCGAUUUGUCUACCGCAACCAGGAACCGAUCCUGCGGGAAAAGAGGGGACAGUAGUAGGAUGGGGUCGUACUUCGGAAGGAGGCAUGUUACCUGCAAAAGUACAGGAAGUGCAAGUCCCUAUUUAUAGUUUGACACAAUGUCGAAAAAUGAAAUAUCGAGCAAAUCGAAUUACCGAAAAUAUGAUUUGCGCUGGUCGAGGUAGCCAGGACUCUUGUCAAGGAGACAGUGGCGGUCCUCUUCUCGUUCAAGAAGCCGAUAAGCUUGAAAUAGCAGGUAUAGUAUCGUGGGGUGUAGGCUGUGGUAGACCAGGUUAUCCCGGAGUUUACACAAGAGUAACCCGAUAUCUCAAUUGGAUCAAUGCAAACAUGAAAGAAGGCUGUAUAUGCACCAAUUGCUCGCUUCACACGUUUCUAUCACCUUCAACCGCACGAAUAGCGGUCGAACGUUUCCGGAAUAAUCAGCAACCAGUAACGGUUCACAGUCAAACCGGGCUAAAGUUGACAUUCGACCCUGAACAUGAACGUGAACUGGUCAGGUACCGGCCGGCUGGCUGUGCCCGCCUUCCCUUCCGGAAUAGCAAUUACCUCUUCGACCUCUCAGUCCUCCAUAGUCGGCGUAGGACGCCGGUGAUAGUCGUUCUCAGUCAGGGACAUGUCCAUGACUCGUUCCUGACGGUGCCCGUGUGGCAAUUCUUUCAAUCAAAUAUAUUCAUAAAAAUUUUAUUAAAGUUGAAAGUUAAUUUUAUUAAAGUUGAAAGUUUAAUUAUCAGCAACAGUUACUUACUCAGAUCGCAGAACAUGAAGCCUUUGUGUUACUUAAUUUUAUUACCCAUUCUGCUUGCGACAACGAAGGAAUAUCAGGUCGGAACAUUCAACCAGAAAAUGAAGAAUUUCUUUGGACUUUUUGGUAAUAAACCACCUUACUCCACUGAUUCACCUGCGCCCUGCUAUUGUAGUUGUGGGUUACGGAACGAAGAAAGUCGCAUAGUUGGAGGUCAAACGACGAGUAUGAAUGAGUUUCCAUGGAUGGCUAGAUUAUCGUACUUGAAUAAAUUUUAUUGUGGAGGUACACUUAUAAAUGAUCGCUACGUCCUCACAGCCGCACAUUGCGUAAAGGGUCUUAUUUUCAGAUUCAUGUGGUUCAUGAUCAAGGUUACUUUUGGGGAGCACGAUAGAUGUACGGAGAAAGGACCGGAAACUAGAUAUGUGGUACGCGUUAUGACGGGUGAUUUUAGCUUCCUAAAUUUUGAAAAUGAUAUUGCUCUGCUUCGCCUUAAUGAAAGGGUACCAUUAAGUGAUACGAUACGGCCAAUAUGCUUACCGACAAUAUUGGAUAACGAAUACGUAGGAGAAAAGGCAAUCGUGUCAGGUUGGGGUACAUUAAAAGAGGAUGGCAAACCGUCCUGUCUUCUCCAGGAAGUUGAAGUUCCAGUCAUGAGUCUUCAGGAUUGUCGUAAUACCAGCUACAGUGCUCGAAUGAUUUCAGACAAUAUGUUAUGCGCGGGUUAUCUUGAAGGAGAAAAAGAUUCAUGCCAGGGAGACAGUGGUGGACCCUUGAUAACAGAGCGCGAAGAUAAAAAAUACGAAAUUAUCGGUGUGGUGUCCUGGGGUAACGGAUGCGCAAGACCUGGUUACCCAGGUGUAUAUACAAGAGUUACACGGUACAUGGAUUGGAUUUUAAAAAAUUCAAAGGACGGCUGUUUCUGUGAACAUAAUUGAUUAUUAUUUACGACAAUUCUUAAUGGGAAAAAUAAUAAAAAGAACAAGAUGAUUUUUAUGUACGUAUAAGACUUUUGAAUUCUCAUGCUAUGUACCUCAGGAUGUAUAUGACAUUUUCGUCACAGUUUCUUUAUGCAUAAUUUAUAAUUUACAUAUUUUCUAAAUUUUUGAAGUUGCGCCGUCAGAUGUAAAAUUAAUAAACUUAAAUUGCUCAAACA